AUGUCGUCAGCAAAAGUUCCUAUUGUAGAAAUUCCAAAUGAAUUUCUAGAAAAUUCAUUUGAGAGACCAGAACAACAGAUAACAACAGAAGACUACAAAGACAGUUUAAAAAAUAGGAAACAUGUAUUGAAAGUUAAUCCAGAUUUGUGGUUUGAGGAGAUACUCGAUAAGAACAACAGUACAAUUUUUGAAAGAGAAAUAACAUGCAGAAACCUGAACCUCCUAAAAACAGCCUCAAUAUUUAUUGGAAAGCAAAAGUUGAAACUAAAACGUACACGGUCUGUAGAAACUAGGGCUAAAUCACAGGAUUUGUUUGAUAUUCCAGAUGGUGCAAAUGAAUUAGAAACCCCUCCAGUAAGUUGGGAUGUGGAUGAGGGUCAUCCUUUAAAGUCUAUUCUGAUUCCCGGACCACCAAGUAGAUCUUGUUUAAGUAAUAAUUGGUAUCAAAGAUUGAAUUGGGUUUGGAGAGAUGGAUAUUCAACAAAUUCAACAAGUGCUACUGCAAUGGAAGACCCAAAAUAUAUUGAACAUGAUUUAUCUUUUAUUCAAGAGAUGGGUAAAUUUUAUGCAGCAGCUAGAAUUGCUGCUGCUGCUUUAAUACAUUGUCAACCAACUUUCAACUACGGAGUUGCUAAGGCCUAUUAUGAAGUCACAAAAACUUCAAAUGAAAAUUUAUGGAGCAUUUACAAUCCUUUAUUUUCGGAUGAUCGUGUUUUUAUUUUCGACAGUAUUGUUUUUACUGUAGUGCUUGGAAGCAAGAAAAAUGGAAUUUCUAGAGAAAUUGCAAAAAGAAUUUAUAACAAUGAGUUUAAGUCCAAAAAAGCUCUUUGUGAUAUUCUUAUUCAAAUGGGUGCAAAAACAUUAUUUGCACUUCCGAUUUGUGCAAUUGUUAAGUAUAUGGGAUAUAGUGUAUUUUGUGAACCAUUGGUUCCUUUUAAUCCAAAACCUAAAGAUUUAUUAAAAGAUUUAUUACAUUCUGCAUUAAUACCAAGAGAUAUGAUACCAACUCUUGAAGAUAAAUAUGAUCAUAAAGAUGAGCUAUAUAUGGUCAAUUCUAAGAGUAAAAAUGAUGUUAAUAUUAUGUUUGAUUCACUAUUAACAUAUAACCCAGAAUUAGCACAACAAUUAGAUUUCAUUGCAAAACAAUUAAAUAUUCAAGGUUGGCCAUUUCCUAUGGAAACUACAGAUUUAUAUGAACAUUACGGGAUUAAAUAUACAUUUAAAAUUUGGCAGCAUAGAUCAGAUGGUUUAUAUGUUACAAGACAUUGUGGGGAAUUACUUCCUGUAUAUAUUGAUGAAAACCAAGAGUUGCAGCCAUUAAGAAGAUUACGUGAAGAGUUUGUAAUUACAUAUACAGAUUCUUCACUGCCUUCAACAGUUUCUAUUCCUUUAUUUUUGAAUUCAAACACAGGAGAUCCAACAAAUGAUUAUCAUACUGAAAGAUUGGAUUCACAAUUUGGAACAAGAAGAAUUAAAGAAGGUUCGACCUCAAGGCUAAAUGUACUUUAUAAUGCAAGUCAAGCUAUGAGAGUUAGGUUAUUAAAAGAUCUUUUACCUACAAUCAAUGAAUUGUAUGUUGGAUUUCAUGAUCCAUGGGAAAUUACUGAGCUUCUCCAUAAUUAUGGUAUCAAUUUAAAUUAUGGAUUAAGUAAACUUGCUCAAGGUAAAGUCAUUGAGCCAAUACGUAAUACAGCUAUUAGAGAAAUCAUCGCAAGAACUAUUAAAAGAUUAUGGGAAGAAGAAAUGCAUAUAACAUUUAGAGAUCAAGCAUUAAUCAAUGAAGAGACUAUUCAAAUUAUACUGAUUGAUUAUUUUAAUAAGGUAUUUUGUAAUACAGAUGAAUCAAAUAUUUACUGGAAUUCAAAAAUUUUACCAUCAGCAAUGAAAAGAUUUCAAUUAAAUACAUAUAAGAAUAUAUUAAGUAAAUCAAAUAUAAAAUUGACUACAUUAUUCUAUUCAUUACAAUAUCAUAUUGGAGUACAAUUUAAUACUAAAGUAAUAAGUUUUGAUGGUACUUUAAGAUUACCACUCAAAAUAGAUGAUUUAUGUGAUUUUACUGAGAUUAAUAUUGGAAUUGAUUAUUUAUUCCCACAAGUUAAAUAUUUAAAAUAUACAUUAGCAAGAACACAAAAACUUAAAAGAGAUUCAUUUAUGGAAUCAAUACAAAACUCUGAUUCAAAAAAAAUCCCAAUUUUAACUUUAUUUAGUAAUCAAACUAAUGCAUAUUUAACUAAUCAAUCUAAAGAUGAUAAUUAUUCUAAUGGUGCAAAUGGUCAAGUAUGGGCAUGGAAUGAAACAGGAAUAAUACGUGGUUAUUUUCCAAAAGUUAAGAUAAUAACUCCAAGAACAUUAAGGAGUAUAAACAUAUGUAAAACAAUAUUGUGUAAAUAUAUAUGGAAGCUUCGUAUUCCAACUUGGAAUCGUAUACUUGUUGCAUCUUCUAAAAAAUCUGAAAAUAAUAUACUUGAAGAAAAUAUAUUCUCAUUAUCAAAUACUUUAUGCAAUCCAAUAUAUAUCAAUACAGUAACAAUGGGAAACAUAAGUUCAUUAAGAGCAAGCUUAGAAGGAUUUGCUACGCCAUGUCAUCCAACAUGUAAACCAAUUUAUGAAAAAGAUGAAAAAGCUGUGAAUAAAAUGGAGAAUAAUAUUACGUGUCAAUAUCAUUAUGAUUGUUAUAAAGCAAUAUAUUACUUAACUAUAGCUAGGCGUUUAGUUGGUGAUAAUAUUGAGAGAAUUUUAUUCUUACUAUUAAAUAAUGGAUUCUUAGCUUUACAACAUAAUAAAUUGGAUGAUUGUUUAAGUAUAUGUCAGGUAGCAUUUUCAUGUACUCCAGAAAUUCCAAAAUUUCAAGUAUUAAUUAUUUCAUUAAAAAUUCAGUGUUUAAUCAAAUACAAUAAAUUAGAAGAAGCAACAACAGAAUUUAAUUUUAUGAAGAAAUUAAUAUAUCAAUUAUAUGGUAAUCAUAGAAAUUGCUUAAUAUUAGUAAAAUUACAAUUAUGUUUUUCAAUGUUAUAUUUUGUUAAUGGUAAUUAUCAAGAAUGUUAUAGAAAUUCAAAUACUAUUGAAAAAAUUUUAACACCAUUAUUAAAUGAAGUAUCUGAAGAUGAUUCAAUACAUUGGAUGAUUAUUAUUGCUUUAAGAUUUAUUGCAUUGUCAUCAUUACAAUUAGGAAAUUAUGCACAAUGUAUUGUUGUUGGUGAGAAAAUGUUAAGAUCAACAAUUAAAAGAGAUACAAAACAAAUAUAUUUGGAAUCUAUAUGUAGAUAUAUUAUUGGUGAAGCAACAAUAAGAUGUGGUAGAUAUGAUAAUGCAUUAAAAAUAUUAAUAAAUUCAAUACCAGAAUUGGAUAGUUUUAUAGGCCCAAGUCAUAAAUUUACAAUUAAAUUAUUAAUGAUGUCAACAAGAUGUAAGAUUAUUUUAGGAUGUAGAGAUAUAAUGUUUCCUCCAUUAAAUUUACAAGACAGAGAAACAGAAAUUGAUCAUAAUUAUCAAUUUCAAAUGGUAUAUGAUUUAUUUUGUAUUGAACAAAAUGAUUUAAAUAUGACAGAAGGUGAUAUAUUUUUUACUGGUAAUAAUAAUGAUAAUAAUUACAAGAAAUUUAUGUUAAAAUCAAAAAAUUGGACAAAAUUUCCAGUAAUAUUAAAAUAUGAUGAUUUAUUAGUAAUGGAGAAAUCUAUUUUUGAUACAAGAACACUGAAACAUAGAGAAGAUGCGUUGUUAAUGUGCAGAUCAUUAAUUAAUCGGAUUGUGGCAAAUAUAAGAGGUACAGGAAGUAUAUUAUAUUUUAAUCAUGAAAUAUUUGAAGAUGAUCAACAAAUAUGGUAUAAUCGUUUAAUGUGGGUUAUAAAACAUGAAAUAGUUAUAUCAAUACUUUCAUUAUCACAAACAGAUUAUAUACGUUUAUUAUCAUCAAUAAGAUCUAUAGCAGUAAGUUCAAGUGCAUCACCAUUUGUUAAAGACUUAACAUUUGGAAAAAAAGUUAUACAUAAAAAUAAUUAUAAUAUAAAUCGAAAUCUUGAGAAUGAAUUUAAUCAUGAUAAUAAUUUAUCACAAAGAAUAAUUAAUAAAAGAAUUACAGAUUUUACUGAUUAUGGUUAUAUUGAUUAUUGUAAUAUUAAUACAAAUGUAUAUAAUAAUAUUAUUAGUAAAAAUAAUAUAGAAGAUGGAAUAGGAAGAUCAACUAAUCAUUUAGGUGCAUCAGUAGUAAUGAGCCCAAGACAAAUGGGCCAUAUAUCACAAGAAAAAGAAAAUUAUUGGGAAUUAUUAACAUGCGAACCAACUAUGACUAUUAUUGAUAUAUGUAGUCAUGUAUAUAAAUUAUUAGUAAAAAAAAAAAUUUCAAGUGCUUAUGAAUGGUGUAUUACAACAAUAAGAAAUGUAUCUGGAGGAAAAUCUAGUACUUAUGAGAUUAAUCUUGUAUUAAAUUUAAUACGUAUAUUAUUAUCAAAAUUUCACAAAAAAUAUUUAAUAGCUUUAUUGUACCCUGAUUUAGUUACUCCAUCAGAAAAUAAUUUCGAAAAGAGUAAGAAUAAAUAUGGAUUGAAAGUAUUUCAAGAUUAUAAUAAUAAUAAUAAUUUUGAUCCAAAUAGUUAUAAUGAAGAAAAUUAUGCCACUUCUAUGCAAAAUAAUGAACAAAAUAUUAAUUAUAGAAAUAAUUAUGUUUCAGGCAAUAAUGUAUUUAGAAGAAAUCAUAAAGGAGAUAAGAAUGUAGGAAGAUAUGGAAAUGAUAAUAUGGGUAAUUCAUCUUAUGGUAAUAAUAAUAACAUAAAUGGAUCAUCUCAAGAUUUUAAUAACCAAAAUAAUUUUGAUGAAAAUAAUAUGUCAAGCAUUGAUUAUUCAAUAUUACCACAAUUUAGCACAGAAGUUGCUGCAAAUAUAAUGUUACCAAUGGAUCAAGGAAGUAAGGUCAUUGAUAUUAACAAUGAUAUACGUUGGAAGGACCCAUAUAGAAACUAUAAAUAUUAUGAUUCACAAUCACAAAAAAGUGCGUUAUUAUAUAUACCAAAAGAUGUAUAUGAAAAGUAA